AUGCGUGUUUGUUGGCGCUUCCAACUCGGGACGCCGAUAACGCUUCAGUUUCGGUUUUGACACACGUCAAACUUUACCGUCGGUGACUAUUUUUUUGUGUGAGUUUUUGUUUUAAUACUUUUUGGUUUUAUUUUUUGAGCUGAAUUUUAUUCAUAUUUUGCUCCUCUCCAGAGUUUUCAAAAUUUUGAUUGUAGGUUGUAUCUCUCCCUUCUAAAAUAAGGAAUUUUCGAGUCGUAGCCAACCUUAAAAAGAUGGAAAUCGGCUAUCGAAUCCCCAGAAACCUCAAUACUUCGGAGGAUUUCUUUAUAUUCGUGAACUCUAUACUUUCCGUCUUCCAAAAAAAAACAUGAUUGAGAGAAUAACGAUAAAUCAAAAAAUUCGGUUUCAAAAUAUAUCCUGUUAUACCCCGUUUUAACGGAAUUUCUCAAAAAAAUAAUCGUAAAAAGGGUAAAAAUAAUUAUGAGCUGCAAAAUUCGAAGAUUUUCGGGCAUGAUCGUGGUAGUUUUUUUCAAAAAAAUACGAAGUUAUCACGAAUAAACUUGAAAAUCAAUAAAAAAAUCAUCUCUUGACUUAAAAAAAUUUCCUUCUAAAAAGAUAGUUAUUGCCAUUUUUUUGAAAAAAACACAUCAUUUUCAUGAAUAAAAAAAGCUCAAAUUUUAGAACUAAAAAAAUGGCUCUCGGAGAGCAGAUGAUCUUGACGCCAGCUCCUUGGUGGGCUCUGGUGAUGCUGGCGAUCGCCUUUCUUGUUGGAAUCGCCGCGAUUGGCGCAGCUUUGAAGAAACCCAACACAAUGGAACGAAUGCGUAUCAUCUCCUAA